AUGAAGAAGGAAAAUAUUAUCUCCAUACAAUCACAAGUGUUUGAUGGAUUUUGUGGAAAUAAUAUAGCAGCAUUCGUUUUUAGAAGGAGAGGACAUAUUCCUAAAAUUCUAAACACAGUACAAUAUUAUUCAAAGUUCAAACAUAGUGGUGUUGAAUUAAAUAGUCAAGAAGUAGAUAUUAUAUUAAGUGAAUAUAAUAAAGAUCAAGAAUUUAUGAAUGAUAGUAAUAUUUAUUUUCUCACAGGUUAUAUCAAAAAUGCUGAAUGUGUUGAUAUGGUUACCAAAAAUAUACUUGAAUUAAGAAGGAAAAGGAAAAUACACCGUGGAAAAAGUAAUGAUAAUGGUAACAUGAAUGGUCACAUGAAUGGGCAUAUGAAUGGGCAUAUGAAUGGGCAUAUGAAUGGGCAUAUGAAUGGGCAUAUGAAUGGGCAUAUGAAUGGGCAUAUGAAUGGGCAUAUGAAUGGGCAUAUGAAUGGGCAUAUGAAUGGUCAUACAAAUGGUCACAUGAAUGGGCAUAUGAAUGAUCACAUGAAUGGUCACAUGAAUGGUCAUACAAAUGAUCACAUGAAUGGUCAUACAAAUGAUCACAUGAAUGGUCAUACAAAUGAUCACAUGAAUGGUCAUACAAAUGAUCACAUGAAUGAUCACAUGAAUGGUCAUACAAAUGAUCACAUGAAUGAUCACAUGAAUGAUCACAUGAAUGGUCAUACAAAUAGUCACACACAUGGUCUCACAAAUGGUCACAUGGAUGAACCUAAUGGUGAGCAUCCAUAUAGACUUAUGAAUUCAAAUGAACUUAAAAGUAGCCAUCAAAUUAUUCCUCAAGGUAAACAAAUACAUGAAAAAGAUAUGCUUAAAAACAAUAUAUUGACAAUAUCCCAAGGAAGAAAAAAAGAUGAAGAAUUAUAUUUCAUAGAAAACAUAAUAAAUCUAAAUUUUCUUUGGGUAUGUGAUCCCGUUAUGGGAGAUAACGGAAGACUAUAUGUUGAUGAACGUGUUGUAGAAUCAUAUAAAAAAGCAAUUGAGUAUGUUGACAUUAUUACACCUAAUCAAUAUGAAACUGAAUUAUUAUGUGGAAUAAAAAUAAAUGAAGAAAAAGAUGUUAUAAAAUGUUUAGAUGUAUUAUUACAUAAAGGUGUAAAAAUUGUUAUCAUAACUUCUGUAAAUUAUAAUUUCGAUAAAGACCAUUUAUUUUUAUACGUUUCAUUUUUUAAUAAUAAAAAUAAAAUAGUUUAUUUUAAAUAUAAAAUUUUAAAGAUUCAUUUUAAUUGUUUUGGAAGUGGUGAUCUUUUUUCUUGUUUGUUAUUAUCUUUUAUAGUAAAGCAAAAAGGAAAUAUCCUUCACAUAAUAUCGAAGGUUUUGAAUAUUGUACAAAAUGUCAUAAAAAAUAGUCUCACUGGGUUGGAAUUAAAUAUAAUAGAAAAUCAAGAUAUAAUAGCAAGUGAUGGUUUAAUUAAUGAUAUUUUAAUUAAAGAAGAGCCUGUUUUUUUUUAG